GUUUUCCUCGUCCUUGGACUGAAAAAAAUAAUACCCAGUUCCCUAGUCUCAAUCUUUCUCGAUCUCAACUAUUCGUUGGAACUGGUAACGAAGUUGGCAACCAAAAUGGCGUCGGCGCGGUUUCCAUGAACUUCUCAGUUUGUUUACCACAAUUUGUCACUUCGUAAGCCAUAGCUGAAAUUGCCUUUGGGGUCAGAUCUCCUGGUGCGAAUCUCUAGAAAUGUAUGAAGUGGUAGUGAGUAUGUAUGUUGAGCACCAAUGGAGAAGUUUUCCUCGACGUUUGCGGUGAAACUUGCACAAACAUAAAUUAACGGAUAAUCUUCAAACGGUUGUUUGAUAUUGAUCUAUACUAAGAUCAGUAUGGAUAAAUUUCAUCGGAACAAGACAGCAAUUCGCAUAAAAAUCAUCAGCAUGGGAAACGCUGAAACGGGAAAGAGUUGUAUCAUCAAGAGGUACUGUGAGAAGAGGUUUGUGAGCAAGUACAUGACAACAAUAGGGAUUGACUAUGGUGUGACAAAGGUGUCAAUAAAUGACAAGGAUGUGAAAGUGAACAUAUUUGACAUGGCUGGUCACCCUGUGUUUUAUGAGGUUCGCAAUGAAUUCUACAAGGAUACACAGGGUGCCAUGCUUGUUUACGAUGUUGGUAACAGAGACAGUUUUGAUGCAUUGGACAGCUGGGUGGAUGAAAUUAAAAAAGAUAUU